AUGGAAGGAGAAGAAGUUAAGGAAGAAGAAGAAGUUUUGGAUGGAGAAGAAGUUAAGGGUAAAGAAGAAAGUAUGGAUGGGGAAGGAGUUUGGGAUGGAGAAGAAGUUAAGGAGGGAGAAAUGAUUAUGGAUGGAGAAAAAGUUAAGGAAGGAGAAGAAAUUAGGGAUGACGAAGAAAGUAAGGAUGGAGAAGAAGUUAUGGACGGAGAAGAUGUUAAGGAAGGAGAAGAAAUUAAGGAAGGAGAAGAAGUUAGGGAAAGAGAAGAAGUUUGGGAUGGAGAAGAAGUUAAGGAUGAAGAAGAAGAGAUUAUAGUUAAGGAUGAGGAAGAAAGUAAGGAUGGAGAAGAAGUUAUGGACGGAGAAGAUGUUAAGGAAGGAGAAGAAAUUAAGGAAUGA